AUGGGCCGACACGUGCGACCUUAUAUCAAGAGUUCACACAUCUGGCGGCGAUAUUUAUCAACCGAUCCGGACGCAUUAAUGAUAAAAUGGCCUCGGAUUGAGGCCAUCGACGAGGCUGUCCUGGAGAAGCCGACUACUGCUACUUUCCGGCCACCUCGCUCUCCAACUGGAGCAACUGUAUCCAAUUUGUUCAAGAAGCGGUUCACUAUGGGAUAUUACGACUCGUUUGUGCAAUGGAUGCGACGGCAUGACCUAGUUACUGCUGAUCGAAUGGUGCUCCAGUUCUCAGGUGUGCCUUUUGAGGGCCCGAAUGCCGCAAGAUAUAUCAAUACCCCGGCGGGCAAUGGAAAUUACAUCAACGAGUUGCAGGUUGAAGGGCCUGCAGUGGAUGGUGCCCCUAACAAACAUGUUGUUUUGAUCCAUGGCUAUGGUGCGUGCAAAGGAUUCUUUUACAAAAACAUCAAGGCCCUCGGUACAGUCCCCGGAUACACGCUACAUGCACUUGAUAUGUUGGGAUAUGGACUGUCUUCGCGCCCCAAAUUCCCGACAAAGCUCAGCAACAAGAGCGUUGAAGGUAUCAAACAGGCAGAACAGUUUUUUGUUGAGUCUCUAGAGAGCUGGAGACAAAACAAAGGAAUCGAGAACUUUGACAUGAUUGCACACUCGCUAGGGGCAUAUAUCGGCUGUUCGUAUGCCUAUGAACACAGCGAUCGAGUCAACAAAAUUCUGUUGGCUUCUCCAGCUGGAGUCAAUCGAAGUGCCUACUCUUUGCCAGGGGAACUGCUAGGUGAUCCCGCCAAUUUGACCGAUCCAACUGGACCAACCUCACCUGCACCAGAUUACUUCAAGUGGUUAUGGGACAAGAAAGUUAGUCCCUUUGUGAUUGUAAGAAAAACUGGCCCGUUAGGUCCAAUGUUUACCUCCGGUUGGUCUUCUCGACGCUUCUUCAGGCUACCCCAGGAAGAACAAGAGGCCCUUCAACUCUAUUCCUACGUCAUGUUCAAUGCUCCUGGGUCUGGAGAGUACGCAUUGAGCUAUUUAUUAGCGGUGGGCGGUCUCGGACGCUGGCCGCUUGCUGAGCGAGUUCAUCAGCUAAAGUGCCCCUCUCUUUGGGUCUAUGGAGACCGAGACUGGAUGGAUAAGCGGGGUGGAAUAAUUGCUGCCCAGCGCAUUCGGCAAAAGGGCGGGAGGGCUACCAUUGUUGAGCUUGAAAACAGUGGGCAUCACCUGUACUUGGACAAUUACAAGGAGUUCAACAACCUCGCAGUACAGUUUGUAACAAAGUUCUGA